AUGAGGACCCUGGCCGAGCUAUUACGUUUAAAGGCCUUAAAGGUUGUCGUUACUUGCAACAGGUUAUCAACGAAACGGCGCGACUCAGUGGGAGGGAAAAGGCGUGGUUUGGUGGAGGACCUCAAAUCUGCCCCGGCCAACAGUCGGCACUGA